AUUUCAAACUGCUCUAAUUUUCGUUUUCAUGUUAGGUAUCAUUACAGAGAGCAAACUACAGGAUGGCGACAGCUCGCACUCCAGAGGACGAAGACCCCCCUGAGGCCGGUUAUUUGUCGCCCAGCGGCAGAGAUUCAGAUGUAGACGAUGAUUCUCAGGUGACUGCGAAGGAGCCCUGCAGGUAUUACAAUAAGGGCCACUGUCGGGACGGUGACAGGUGCACGUUCCCGCACGUCUGCAAGUUUGCCCUGAAUGGAAACUGUCGAUACGGGUUCGGAUGUAAACUGACACACCCCAGAGGAGGAAGGAGGUCGAGUCAGGCCGGAGGGGGCGCCAAAGAGCGAUCGAUAGAUCCAAAGAUUUCUGAUGGCCAACUGUACAAGUGGCAGUUGAAUGAUGGAACCGGCUGGAUGGAUUUUAGUAAUGAUCAUGUCAUCGAGGCCCAGUACUGCCUGCCCCAUAGCAAAAGUAUUAAACUCUACAACACAACUUAUGGGGUCGUGAACAUACAUUUUAAGUCUAUGACAGUGUCUGGGAAGAGCCUGAGAGUGAGACGUCUGGAUGAUGGAAACACAGAGUGGGUCUGGUUCUGCACUUUGUACAGUAAGUGGAUCAAGUACGGAGACAAGGAUCCAGAGGGAAAACCCAGUCCGGCGAACAGCUCAGACAUAGAACAGAAGUUCCAGAGUAACCCAACAAGCUCUUUCACUUUCAACAUCGGCGCUAAAACCUAUGAAAUAAAAUUCGCAGAAAUGCGACAGGUGAGUUUGGACAGUGAGAGGAGAGUCACCCGCCGUCCGCUUUACCGACAGCGCCAAGCAGGGGCAGGACUUCCUCAAGGCCAUUCAGUUUCCCAGAAUAUUAUUGUGGGCACCAAACCUCAGUGGCAGUUCGAGGGGGACAAUCGAGGCUGGCACAACUUCAAAAACACACACGGCUCAAAUGAAACCAGCGAUGACAUUGAGCGGAAGUUCCAGGACGACCCCAACAAGACCAUGAAUUUCAAAGCCAACGGAAACAUUUACAUUCUGGACUUCGGAGCAAUGAUCCAAACAAACCUCAAGACAAAGUUCACUCGCAAGAUCAGACGUGUGCUGGUGUGAGCGUCGAAAACGAGUUUGACCUCCAGAGGAAAGUCCGGGAGAAAGUUUCAUUAAUGUGGGGAAUGCUUUUUCAAUGGCUUUCACUAGAAUAGAAUAGAAUCUGGAGUAUAUUGGUCUUUUAAUAGUUAUAAUGGUUGACUUAAUAUUUUGUUUACAUUGAAUUUUUCUGAAGAAUGUUGAUUAUACCCAAAACUUCUCCAUAGAAAAUGUGCCAAAUGAUUUUUUCCACCUUAAUGGUACAAAUUAGACUUGAACUCCAAUGAUGUACUGCCAACUUGCCUUAACUUACAAAUUAACUAACUAGGCACAAUACUUUAACUUGAACUCAUUCACAUUGCUACAUUACCUCCAUCACACUGCCAUAAAACAGGAAUGCAAGUCUUGUAUGUUGAUAAAUCUGAGAAAGAAAAUACACCCCCCACAAAUUCAUAUUUGAUGUUGCAUUACAUUGCACACAGCUUCUUUUGUGACAGGAGUGACUCAAAUGUAAUGCAAAUGAAUUGAAGGCCAUUUUGUAUACUAGCUUUCAGGUAUUUUUUAAUGACAUUUAAAGUCAUAACACAGGUUUACACAAUCAAUUUUAUGCAAUCUUCAGAGUUGUUUUUCAGUCAGUCUUUGGUCUUAUGUUUUCCUUUGAAAAAAAUAUGUAUGAUUAUGAAUUAAAAUAUAUAUCCUGUU